GGAUCUGCUAAGAAAAAAGAACAAAAAAUGUUAAGACCCAACGAUUGAAUAAGGGUUUUCCCAUUACAUGCGCUCCACAGCCGCUUUCUACUUCAUUUCGUCGAUCCUCCGCCACUCGCCAGCUAAGUUCUUAUCUUUAAGACCAAGAUCAGAUGGGUGACAAGAAAAAGAAAGCUACAAUAUUCAUUCGACUUGUAUCAGCUGCUGGUACUGGUUUCUUCUAUGUGAAGAAGAAGCCAUCUAGAAUGGUAGAGAAGCUUGAGUUUAGGAAAUUCGACCCUCGAGUCAAUCGUCAUGUUCUAUUCACCGAGGCCAAAAUGAAAUAAAAAUUGACAAGAUGUUGGGUUCUUAGGUUUGUUAAAUCCUCUUUCAUUUUGCUCAGUCUUCAUGUUUUUGAUGUGUUUUGUUAGACAAUCUUCUUGUAUGAAAUAGAAUUGAGUACUUAUUAGUGAUAUUGUUAAUAAGUUUAAUCUCUCAAGCUAUAUUCAAUGAGAAUUUGAUCCAUGUCUUUUGUUUCUUCA